CCAGGAUCAAGCAGGUCAACCAUUCCUUUCCUCCAAUUUCUUCUGUCCUUUCUCUUCUCCUCAACUUGUCGACCCGUCAUUCUCUUGCCCUUGUCGACUACACGUUAGACACUCUCUCAACAAUGAAGGCCUCUUUCUUGACGGCCCUCGUCCUGGCCGCCUGCACGGUGGCCAGCCCCGUGGGCCAGCCUUAUGCUCGCGACGGUGAAUGUACCUGCCAGCCCAAUGGCGGUCAUGGCUCUGGCUCUGGCUCUGGCUCUGAGCCCCUGCAGCCUGUCCCCGAGUCCGAGUCUCCUGCUCCUUCAGCGUCCCUCUCUCCCGGUGGCUCUCCAUCCGGUGUUCCUUCUUUCCCCGGCAAUCCAGCGCCUGCUUCCUCUCAGCCUGUCACUCUUCCAGGCUUCCGGCCAGCUCCCUCCGCUACUGUGCCGUUGGCAGCAUCGUCUCCGAAUGCUGAACCUUCUGGACAGCCUUCGGGUCUUCCUGGAUCCACGGGCUCUUCUGAUCCGUCUGGUCCUUCUGGUCCUUCUGGCCCCUCGAACCCCUCUGGUCCAGCCGGUCCUGGAAGCUCCCCCGGCGUGUCCGGCGGUUCUCAACCAUCUGCAACCGUUCCCUCCGGACCUGGCUCCUCGACCCCCGGCUCGACCCCGUCGGGAUCUUCGUCGUGUGAGAGCGGCCACUGCCACGGCACAGGCCAUCUGAUUCAGGAUCUGGGUCCUCAGGCCGAUCGCCUGUUGAGGGUCGUCGGCAGCGGCACGGAGGAACUGCUCAUCCAGCUGAGCGACCCAGUUGCUGACCUGUUGGCCGGACUCGGCUUGGUGGGUCUAUCUCAGCCCGUGGGAAGCCUUCUCCGAAGCGCCUCCAGCAUCGGUGAGCUGGUGUCGGACUUGGGUCAGCCUGUGGACAACCUUUGCAUCGUGACGGGCAAGGGUCUUGGUUUCUUGUUGAUCGAAUUGGACCACCCCGUGGCUGAUCUUCUUCGCGGACUUGGCCUUGACGCGCUCGCUCAGCCGGUGGGAAAUGUGCUGAGUGAUAUCGGCAGCAGCCUCAAGCGUCGGACUGAUGUCUCGAAGCCGGCGGGUCUGCUCGAGGAGCUGGCCCCCGUGGUGGAUUGCAUCCUUCAAAUCACCGGCGAAGACCUCAAGCCACUGCUGAUCCGUCUGGGCAACCCCGUGGCGCAGCUCCUGGUCAACCUGGGCUUGAACGAGGCUGGGCGCAGCGUGGGCCAAGUGAUCCGGUCGGCUGCCUCGGUGGGCGACCUGAUUGCCAACCUGGGACCGGUUGUGGAUUGCCUGCUCACGGUGGUGGGUGAGGACGGUGGUCUCCUGCUGAUCAAGCUGGAUCCCGAUGUUGCCGCCUUGGUGUCUGGCCUGGGGUUGCCGGCUAUCGGAGUGCCCGUGGGUACCAUUGUCGGGGAGCUGGGAAAUGCUUUGUAGGGUGUGGUGGAGAGAGAGCAUCUCUGGAAAAGAAGGGCGAUCACUUAUGUCACUUCCCCACAUUCACUUUUUUGUAUCCUACUACGGAGUGCGUACUAGGUACUCCACACUCUGACCGAUGUACCGAUAUACAGAUAAUACUAAUAAUUAAU